UACAUUCAGGUGAAAAGGCAGAGUGAAAACCAAAACAUUGUCGCGACCUGGUGGCACAGCAAUUUUUUUCCUCAAAUUUCUUCCUUAUCUAGUUUGAACGAGUGUCCGAAAAUAUGAUUCCCAGAAAGUGAAACGUACCGUGCGGGAGAUUCCGUUUGUUUCAUGUUUCUCUGCAGGAAGUUUAACGAGAUCGAUAAAAUGUUGGGAAGACUGUCGGAAGUUCUGCAGAGUGCAGCUGAUGUGCUCGCACCACCACCAACCGCACUCCAGGACUUCAACUACCACUACAAGUUGGUAAAGAACUUCUACGUUGCCGAAAAGACAUUGCCAAAAAUUCACAUCAAUGACACAAACAUUCCGCUGCAUCUGGAGCAAAUGCUCCAGAUCCUGAUUCGCGAAGAGCAAGAAGUCAAAGCCGCACUGCGCAAAAGUGAAUUCAUGGAGGCAACGCAAGCAGAAACCGGAGAAUCAUCCAACGACAGCCAAACCGAUACGAUUCCCGACGCAGAAUGCAUGGAGUUCGUGCUGAACAACCGGCCUCUGGAUGUUCUGGUCGAACUGGCAGCCAACGAUACUCCUCCGGGGGCUCGUUUGGUUAUACUGAACUGGAUUAGACGGCUUCUGUCCUGCAUGAAGGAUCCUCCCCUGGGACAUGCAAGCCUAUUUCAACCGGUACAGAAAUUGGUGGAGCUGUGCAAUGGGACCAUUGCAUCGCCGUACGAGCGGGAGGAAAUUCUGUUCCUCGAAACCGUAGCGGGUUUAGUUCGGAAGGAGCCGAUCUUGGCGAAUCUAUUCCUGAAAUCUCAUCACCAUUCCGCACAAAUGCUGGCCAGCUGGAAGGGACUUUCCAUCACGAAGACUCCGGUCAACAAUCCAUUGUUUCAAAGCACAAAAAUCGAAUACGAUUCCAGGCGGAUUUCUCUGGUAAGGGAGGAGCAGGCAAGUGAGGAAGGUGGCGGUGAGGAAGGGACUUCAGCGGCAAUAGUUAUUCCCAACUUAGGUGAGGAGAGAGUGGCCGAAGCCAAAUGUGACUGUGAUGAUGAGGAACAUUUCGUUCUGUUUGAUGCCAUUGUAAGCUACUUGGAUAGUGCAGACAGUACAAUAAUAGUUCGAGCAUGCGAAGGGAUCCUAAUACUGGCGUCUCUUCCGACGCUGAACAAAUCUUGUAGCGCAAUUCGGAAUAGCCUAAGUCGGUUUAGCACAAUGAUCGCCGACCGGUUGGCUGCCCACUGUCAACAGAUUCCGGAGGAUAUGGAUACCGGAGAUAUUGAAGAUGCUAUCGUAUCGUGGGGCUUGAUUCCGAGAGAUAGCGAACAACCGCACUUCAUUGGUAGGUAUCAGUUGACUUCCUUUCUCUGUUGGUUGGAUUACUGUGACUGUCUGCUGAAGGAGAGCCCAGUGAUGGCCCCCGAAUUGGGGGAGUUGAUUAGAAGUCAACUGUUGAUCAGUUAUAUCGAACCCGGUUUGCUGGGAAACUAUGCUCCGUUCAUGCUAGUGCUAACAGCAAAGAUUAUCAAAAAGACGCAGUCCCGAGCACUGUUGGACGAAAUUGCUAAUUGGCUUAUCGGUGAAGGAGAGAUCACGGAUAUUAACGGAACUGACUGUCUUCUAACCAUACUAAUCGAGAAUGCUCACGAGAACUCGGACAUUCUACUGCAAACGCUGCAAUUCGUAGAAUCCCUGCUGGACAACCCACACGAGAAAAUCCUUCAUGGGAUGCUCUUCUUCUACAUCAACAACCGAGGGUAUUAUGACAGCAACACACAAACCAUCGAAUCCUGGUCCGACGAAGAAGACAACCGUGAGCGACGAAGAGGAAGCGCCGAAGGCCCCAUCAAGUCUCGAACCCUCGCUCCUAACAACAUUCUCAAAGUGAUUAACAACUUCCUGCUCCUCCUGCCGCGACACAUCAUGAACGACGCGGCCGGAAUCUGCUACGAAGAGUACAUGCAGGAUGCCAGUCGACACUAUCAAACCUGGAUCAACAAAACCUACGGUUUCCACUGGCCAGUGGAGGCUGUUUGGCCCGAAAGCCCCUCCAGUUCACCGACCAGCGAGGUACCCACACUGGGAACCCUCCCAACCAAGCCCAAAUUCAAAACCAAGUCCGACUUGAACGAAGUUCAAUGUGGCGACAGUGGAAUAUCCGAGGAGAGCUUCUACGAGGGUCCGCUGCUCAAACUUCUCUUUUCCCAUGUCAAACAAAUGAACACCCAACCGUACGAGCUGAACCUGGCCGUCAUAGCGAUCCUGUCCAAGCUGGCCCUCUUCCCUCAUCCGUACCUACACGAAAUUCUCCUGAGCCCGGAGAUACCCGUGGCACCGGGAGCCACUACGCUAUGGUCUGUGAUGCAAUUCCUUGCUCGACAGCUGCUAACCGAAAUCCCAAGGGUGGAAAAUUUCCAGGACAGGAUCAACGACACCGGGAAGCGUCUGCUUUCGAAUCCUCCUUUGUAUCAUAAGGAUUGCGAGCAUGAACCUUCCCCUGCACAGGAAGAGGAAGAGGAGAUCAACGAUCCGCUGUUCGAGUCGAUCGUUGUGCUGGAAGAGUUCUGCAAGGAACUGGCAGCGAUUGCCUUCGUCAAGUAUCACCAUGCAACGGAAUAAAUUUUGCUGGAACAGGUUACUCGCCGUCAGAAUUGUGCAUUGAAAAACAACAAAUACAUAGAUUAGCUGAAUUUUAAUUUCUAAUUUUAAAACAAAAUCUUUUAGCCGUGUUGAGCUCGUAGCGUGAAUUUAUUUCCUACUCUGCAAUAGUUUAAGUAUUGUAAACCUUACUAAGUAAAUGCAUUCGUACUAUAAAAUAUUGUUCGUAAGAUACAUGAAAGUGAUAUCAAUAUAAGCAUUAUCUAGUCGCA